ACUGAUCUGCCUUUAUUUUGGAGCCACUCCCUGCUUUGAUUUAACCCCUGCAACCUUCGCCCCAGCUUGCUGGACCGACCCCGCCUGCCCUGCCCUGCCCGAACGUCCUGGGGGCGAGGACAUCACCGAGGACGCCGGACUGGGAUUCCCGGGCUGAAAUUUAUUUUUACUUUAUUUAUUUUUUUUGCUCAGGCCUCGGAGCCAGCCUCGUCCUUCCAAGUGCAUAAGCUACACCCACAAGCACACAAGCACACAGCGCAAGCUCGCUCGCUCGCUCGCUCGCGGGGCCGGAGGAUCUUCUUGCCCCGCUCCUCUCCGCUCCGGCCCCCGAGCAUCCAGCCCCGUGCAUCGAUCGCACCCAUCCCUGGCCCCCCACCCCGGCGCCCGGAUCGCGAUGGAGGUGCUGGAGAGCGGGGAGCAGAGCGUCCUGCAGUGGGACCGCAAGCUGAGCGAGCUGUCAGAGCCCGGGGAAAGCGAGGCGCUCAUGUACCCCACGCACUUCUCAGAACUUCUAGAUGAGUUUUCCCAGAAUGUCUUGGGCCAGCUCCUGAACGACCCGUUCCUGUCUGAGAAGAACGUGUCCAUGGAGGUGGAGCCAUCUCCCACAUCCCCAGCACCUCUCAUCCAGGCUGAGCACAGCUAUUCCCUGUGUGAAGAACCCAGAGCACAGUCACCAUUUGCUCCUGUUGCCACCAGUGACAGCUUCAAUGAUGAUGAAGUGGAAAGUGAGAAAUGGUACCUGUCUGCAGACAUUCCUUCAACAACUAUCAAGACAGAACCGAUUAUGGAUGAUCCAGCCCCUGGCCUUGUUCCCUCUGUCACUCUGACCAUCACAGCCAUCUCCACGCCUUUUGAAAAGGAGGAGACCCCUCUGGAAAUUAAUACUGGGGUCGAUUCUUCCUGCCAGACCAUUAUUCCUAAAAUAAAGCUGGAGCCUCAUGAAGUGGAUCAAUUCCUCAACUUCUCUUCUAAAGAAGCUGCAGCCGCCGCUGACCAACUGCACCUGCCACCCACCCCACCCAGCAGCCACAGCAGCGAUUCAGAGGGUGGCCUGAGCCCCAACCCACGCCUGCACCCCUUCAGUCUGCCAUCCACCCACAGCCCUCCCCGAGGGAUGGCACGCUCCCCAUCCGCCUUGUCGUCCUCUCCACUGCUCACUGCUCCCCACAAACUGCAGGGUUCUGGCCCGCUGGUCCUGACGGAGGAGGAAAAGAGAACCCUGAUAGCGGAGGGUUAUCCCAUUCCCACCAAGCUACCCCUCACAAAGUCAGAGGAGAAGGCCCUGAAGAAGAUCCGGAGGAAAAUCAAGAAUAAGAUUUCAGCCCAGGAAAGUAGAAGAAAGAAGAAAGAAUACAUGGACAGUUUGGAGAAAAAGGUAGAAUCUUGUUCAACAGAGAACUCAGAGCUCCGGAAGAAGGUUGAGGCUCUGGAGAGCACCAACAGAACUCUCCUGCAGCAACUGCAGAAGCUUCAAACGUUGGUGAUGGGCAAGGUUUCUCGUACCUGCAAGCUGGCUGGCACACAGACGGGCACAUGCCUGAUGGUUGUUGUAUUGUGCUUUGCAGUUGCCUUUGGCAGCUUCUUUCAGGGUUAUGGGCCCUAUUCUUCUGCUACCAAGAUGGCACUGCCCAGACAACACCUGUCAAAGGAUCCCUACACUGCCUCUGUGGUGAGAUCCAGAAACCUGCUGAUCUACGAGGAACAUUCUCCCCUGGAGGAGCCGUCCAGCCCAGCCUCCGCUGCGGAACUGGGCCGCUGGGAUGGAGGUUCCUCUCUUCGCCGAGCCUCAGGGCUGGAAUCUCUACCAGAAGUGGAUCUCCCCCAUUUCAUUAUCUCCAAUGAGACCAGUCUGGAGAAAUCUGUGUUGCUGGAGUUGCAGCAGCACUUGGCCGGCACCAAACUGGAGGGGAACGAAACACUCAAAGUCGUAGAACUCGACCCAAGAGUAAACACCACUUUUUAAGAGGUUGUCCCCAUCCUCCCUCUUUCUCUUUCCCUCAACUUUGACAUCCCCAAGCCACCUUUGUCAGAAGCUUUUCCUUUUUGCCUCCAAUUUUGAUGAAGACACAGAAGUCCUGAUAUUGGAAUUUCCAGUGGCAGUGAGCGCCUCUUCCUGGCAACUUGGUCCUCCCUGCCUGAGGUGGGGGUGGUCCUCUCCACUUCACUUUCUGCCUAGGAACUUACCGGAUAAGGAGGUCAGGGGUGAACCCAAAAGCUUCUCCCACCAAGAAAUUGCCAAGGAAAUGCUGCCUGAUUCUCUCCAGAGGAGACUCACUCUUGGAAGAAGACAUGACAUGGCCCCUGCUUAUGUGUCAUCCCAGA